AGUUAGUUACCAUAAGAGAUAAAUUGUGUGGGCUACAAUAGGAGAACCGGGUACGACACUGUCCUUUACUAUUCUGUACAGGGGACAGUACAGGAAUCGGGUACCUAAGCCCAUUAAAGAAUAUUAAUUGAAAAGGGAAAUUAAAAGGCAAAAAAUAUGUCGGCAAAUAAAGAUGGAGACGGUGGAUGGAAGAGCUUUGUGUGGAAUUCGGAAAGGAAGGAAUUUCUAGGACGCACGGGUGGCAGUUGGUUUAAAAUCUUGUUGUUCUACCUGAUCUUCUAUGGAUGCUUGGCCGGGAUUUUCAUUGGGACCAUCCAGGCCCUGCUGCUAACCCUUAGUAACUACAAACCCACCUACCAGGACAGAGUCGCCCCACCAGGUCUGUCACACACCCCACGCUCUGAAAAGUUUGAGAUCUCUUACGAUAUCAACGAUGUGGAGACGUAUCAGAAGUACACCAAGAGCAUCAAGGAGUUCCUGGAGAUGUACAAUGAGGAGAAGCAGAGUGACCAGAUGAAGUACGAAGACUGUGGAGAAUUCCCUGAAACGUACAAGGACCGUGGCGAGCUGGAGAGCGACGUUGGAGUGAGGAAGGCCUGCAGGUUCAAGCGGACCUGGCUGGGACCCUGCUCCGGUCUGGAGGGUCAGGAUGAAACCUUCGGCUUCAAGGACGGGAAACCCUGCCUGAUCGCCAAGCUCAACAGGAUCGUCAACUUCAGACCAAGGCCUCCAACCAACAAUGCCUCCGUCCCUGAAGCCGGCCAGAUCAGAGUCCAGCCCAACGUCGUCCCCAUCCACUGUCAGAACAAGAGAGAGGAGGACGCUAGCAAGAUUGGUGAGAUCAAGUACUAUGGCAUGGGCCUGGGGUUCCCCCUCCAAUACUACCCCUACUACGGCAAGCUGCUGCACCCCCAGUACCUGCAGCCCCUGGUGGCCAUCCAGUUCACCAACCUCACCUUCAACCAGGAGCUGCGUCUCGAGUGCAAAGUAUACGGAGCCAACAUCGACUACAGCGAGAAAGAUCGCUACCAAGGACGCUUUGACGUUAAGUUCACUAUCGCCAAUUCAUGACCUCAGCUAUGAAAAAACAGCACUGUUAUCUUCCCACAUUAAAAAAAACAAGCUGAUUUAGAGAGAGAGAGAGAAAAAAAAAUAGUUCAAUACAAAACACGACUAGUCUUGGAACAAACUUUCAUAAUAUACGGGACCUACACUUAAUCUGUGUACAUUACACUGGCUUUCUGCAUCAUGUCUAGGGUUAGAAUGUACAUUACACUGGCUUUCUGCAUCAUGUCUAGGGUUAGAAUGUACAUUACACUGGCUUUCUGCAUCAUGUCUAGGGUUAGAAUGUACAUUACACUGGCUUUCUGCAUCAUGUCUAGGGUUAGAAUGUACAUUACACUGGCUUUCUGCAUCAUGUCUAGGGUUAGAAUGUACAUUACACUGGCUUUCUGCAUCAUGUCUAGGGUUAGAAUGUACAUUACACUGGCUUUUCUGCAUCAUGUCUAGGGUUAGAAUGUACAUUACACUGGCUUUCUGCAUCAUGUCUAGGGUUAGAAUGUACAUUACACUGGCUUUCUGCAUCAUGUCUAGGGUUAGAAUGUAAAUGACAGGAAUAGUAGCAAUAGCAACAUAUUUAUUCUACUGUAAAUGAGAAUAGUCCUUGAGCCAUGGGGACAUGUUCAUCUAUUACUGUAAAUAGCAAUUCCACUACUGAGAUGUAGCGAGCGGUGUUUCAGUGUGUCCCCUAAGUAUUCUGCCUAAUGUGGUUUUCUAGAUAUUUUUGGAAUGUCCAGUGCAGUAGCGGCAUAGCGGUCCUUUCCAAGCCAUGUUUGUAAUUUCCGUUGUCUUAUGUCAGUAAGCUUUAGUGGUCCAAGGUGUGUGUGUGUGUGUGUGUAAGUGUUUGUGUGGAUGUGUGUUAAUGUACUCUUACUAACUGAAAAUACUGGCAAUGGUACGCUCUGAUCUCUCUCUAGGUCUGUCAGUAAAUGGCUGCACUCCCUGGAAUGCUUUUCCUUCUUUUUGUCUUUUUCAGUUGAUUGUGGGAGAAUAUUUCUACAUCACUUUUUUUCUUUUUGGAUCACCUUUAAAUGUGGGACAGAGGGUUUAAUGACAUUUCUGUUUGAUGCUUCUCGUCCUCCUCUCUCUGUAGUCUAGAGCUAGCUGUGCUCUGUGUCCAGCGGCAGGCAGGGGAGACUAGCUGCCUUCCUCCUUUAAGGAAACACUGACAGCAACUCAGUGCUUUUAAAACAAACUAUUUUUUUUUUGCUGGAGACGUCACAUUACGUGGUGUAACUUUCUAAUGAAUGUUUUAGCCAUUUUCAUGGUGGAAGAAUUUUAUAUUUAUGCAGUUGUACAAUUUUUUUCGCAGGAAAAGUGUAAUGUAUGAAUCCAAUGCCAAAGUCGCUGGUCAAAAGUUAGAAUAUCAGAAGCAAUGCAGUAAAACCCCCGUGUAAUAGGAUGUUUCGUUGGUGUAAAAGUGAUUAAUGUUGAACAUCAGAACACUUGUCAGGAGUCCACAUGCUCUUGUCAUUUUAUUUCAUCUGGGUAAGACCUAAAGACAAAUAAAUGGAGAAAUUA